AUGUCGUUGGUUCAUACAGUAUUGGUUUUAUUUGCAGUGAUUUUGAUUGUGCAGAUUGCUGAAUCGCACUUCAUUGGGGGCUUCGGAUACCCAGGAUUCUAUCCUGGCUAUCACCGUUAUCCACGGUUCGGUUUUGGAGGUGGUUUCGGAGGUGGAUUCGGAGCUUACGGAGGAUACUACGGCGGAGGGUUCUAUGGCCCUCGGCCAUUGCCACCGCCCAUAAUAUGGGGAUAA